AUGGCAAACAAUAUAUCGUUUCAUCUCAUAACCAAUCUAUUUUUUUGUUUCUCUUUCCAACCACAGCAAAUUGACAGCGCUGUAUUUCUUCCUUCCUUCCUUCCUUCACAGUUGGCCCGCAGUUCCGCUUCCCGUGUCGCCAGGGCAUCCUUUUAGUGGCGUUUGCGGGGGACCACAGCGCCUGGGGGAGGUCGGAGCAACGGGAAAUGCCGAUCCGACUCUGCUCUGGUUAUAUGCCACCUCCUCUCACGACGUGCUUCAUUUCAUCCUUGCUUGUCUACUUGCGAAUCCCAUCACACGCUUUUCUGUCGUUUGCGAGCUGUUGCUUUUUGAAUUAUCUUGUUUGCGACAGAGCGCUACGCAUACUUUUUGACUUUGAUUCCCGCGCUAGCACUCGGACCAUCGCCGCCCAUAGCAACGGGAGAAGCUCCAAUUAAACAACAAGAAUAACCAACAGCCAUUAACGCUUUUUGGCGCUGAUAAAACAGAUCAACUUGCACUAUGCAAGCUGUUCCCGCCACGACGGAGCAGGCUCCCGAUGAAUACAAGCCGGCGCUCUCCUCCGGCGCUCAGUCGACGUCGUACAUGUCCAAGAGCUGCUGGACGACCUUUUACUCUUUGAUUGAUGCCGCGCUCCCCUCCGUCACGUCGACGUCGCGCGCGACAGACCACCACAACCAGCUGGUCCUCUCAGACGACGAGUUCGACAAGCUGAUCAAGCAGACGAGAUCGCGGCUGCACGACCCGCCCUCGGAGGAGGACCUCAUUGCAUUCCUGGAAUACAGAGUCUCGGAGAACCCAGCCUUCCGAAUGGACUGCGAAAAGACACUCUUUGGCGCUGCUGCGCGAGCUGAUAUCGCCAGCGCCAUGACCCUGCUAAAGUAAGUCAUACCGAAACCUCGAUGGCAACCUGCCCCAAAGAGGAUUCAUCACACAACUUGGUGCUAACGCGCGACUGCAGCUCUCACAUUGGUAGUCUCUUGCUCACGGGAUACUGGAAAAGCCCCCAUCUGCAGCCCGUUCGCAUCCGAGAAAAGAUCCUUCGCAAUUGGGCCACAUCCAGACUCGAGCAGCUCAAGUUAAUGUGCAAAUCCAUGAGCGUCAUUGGCCAAAAGGCAAACGCCACCUCGAACCCGUGGUUCAAGACGAUUACAAAGUACAGCGAUGUCCCUCGCAACUGGACCGCCCAAGAAGGCUACCCGUUCAAGUUUAUCCAGCUGGAAGCGGGCAACAGUGUGCACGAGAUUACCACCGAGGUUGUCAUUGUCGGUUCGGGUCCCGGCGGCGGUGUAUCUGCCAAAAACCUCGCAGAGGCUGGCCACAAGGUGCUCGUCGUGGACAAGGGCUACUACUUCAAGCCUGAAUCACUACCGGUCAAGCAGUCCGACGCCGGCUUGCUCUUUGACAACAGCGGUAUCUACCUCAGUGACGAUUCAGGCAUGAGUGUCGUUGCCGGAAGCACAUGGGGCGGCGGCGGCAGCAUCAACUGGAGCGUGUGUUUGAAGCUGCAAAAGUACGUCCGAGAGGAGUGGGCUGCUGGCGGACUGCCGCUCUUCACGUCCUCCGAGUACGACGAGUCUCAGGACAGAGUGUGGGAGGGCAUUGGCGCAAGUUCCGAUGCCAUUCGCCACAACCACAACAAUCGCAUCAUCCUUGACGGAGCCAAGAAGCUCGGCUGGCACAGCAAGCCUGUGGACCAAAACACCUCCAGCAAGGAGCACUACUGCGGCCAGUGCCAUCUUGGAUGCGGCAUGAACGAGAAGAAGGGCCCUGCUGUGGCAUGGUUGCCCAAGGCUGCGGAUGCUGGUGCUGAGUGUAUGGAGGGUCUGCAAGUCGACAAGAUUCUGUUUGCGGCUGAUGGCGUCACGGCGAUUGGUGUCGAGGGCGCCUGGACAUCGCGCGAUGCGGACGGCCAUGUCAACCACGACAAGACCAAGGUGACGACGCGCAAGGUCCGAAUCAAGGCGUCCAAGGUCAUCGUGUCGAGCGGUUGUCUCCAGACACCUGCGCUCUUGAUGAAGAGCGGCGUCAAGAACCCGCAAGUCGGCAAAAACUUGCACAUGCACCCUGCCAACCUGAUGGCAGCCGUUGUCAAGGAUGACGAGCGCCCCUGGGAAGGCGGCAUUAUCACAUCUGUAAGCUGCGAAUUCGAGAACCUUGACAACAAGGGCCACGGCGUGAAGCUGGAGCCUCUGUGCCUCGUGCCGUACGUUGCCCUGUCCGGCUCAAACUGGGACUCCGGCGUCGACGCACGCAUGGUGACACCGCGCUACCGCCACCAGCGCUCGCUGAUUUCCAUCACGCGCGACCGCGAUACCGGCCAUGUGUACCUUGACAAGAAGACAGGCAAGCCGCGCAUCGCCUACACGGCGUCCGCGUUUGACUGCGAGCACGCACUCGACGGCAUGGAGGCGCUGGCCAAGCUGCUGUAUGUCGAGGGCGCCUCGGAGAUCCGGCCGCUGCUGAUGGGCGUGCCGCCGUUUAUUGUCGAGGUCGACGGCGACCCGAAGCUGCAGGCGGCGCACCCGGACGGCAAGGACCCCGAGUUUACGGACCCCAAGUUUGCCAAGUGGCUCAAGAAGAUGCGCAAGGUGGGCAACAAGCCGCCCGUGGCAUCCUUCAACUCGGCCCAUCAGAUGGGCUCGUGCCGCAUGAGCGCAAAGGCUGCGGAUGGCGUUGUCGACCCCAAGGGUAAAGUCUGGGGCCACAAAAACCUCUAUCUGGCGGAUGCUAGUGUAUUCCCUAGCGCCAGCGGUGUCAAUCCCAUGGUCACUGUCAUGUCUAUUGCGGAUUACAUCUCGCGGGGCAUUUCGGCGGAACUGUUAGCCGGUGCUAAGUCGGAGAAGAAGUAGAACAAUGUCUAGUUGUCGUGUUGUUGCAUAGGGGAGCGGCGUUGGUGUGGGCGAGCAAGUUUUAGAUGACGAUGUAACAUUUCUGGUACUUUAGUUUGAUAUGGGCGCUUUAAAACUCUCUUCUAUUCUAUAUUAUACUCUAUUCGUAUCUAAUUUCGCGUUUUCACUCUA